GCGCGGGGUAUAAAGGCAGUCACACGGUAAGUGGACUGCGCUCCUGGACAAACCUCCUCUUUUAAACAACAUGAUGCUGAAGUCUGUCACAGAGAGCUUUGCCAAAGUGAUCCAUGGCCUGCAGGUGGGACACCUGGCUGAUCGCGUCAUUCAGAGGAGCAAGAGGAUGAUUCUGGACACACUGGGUGUUGGGAUCCUGGGAACCAGUACGGACGUGUUUCACAAAGCCAGCAAAUAUAGUAAAAUUUACAGUUCCCAUCUAUCCAGCACUGUUUGGGGCCGGCCAGACUUGAGGAUCCCGCCGACAUACGCUGCUUUCGUUAAUGGUGUGGCUAUUCACUCAAUGGAUUUUGAUGACACGUGGCACCCUGCCACCCAUCCUUCUGGAGCUGUCCUUCCUGUCCUCGUGGCUUUAUCAGAAGCCCUGCCUCGAAGUUCGAAGUGUUCUGGCCUCGACCUGCUGCUGGCUUUCAAUGUUGGGAUUGAAGUGCAAGGUCGAUUGAUGCAUUUCUCCAAGGAGGCUAAUAACAUACCGAAGCGAUUCCAUCCCCCUUCGGUGGUAGGAACGUUGGGUAGCGCUGCUGCGACAUCCAAGCUUUUAGGACUCAGCAUGACCAAGUGCCAAGAGGCCCUGGCUAUUGCUGUUUCUCUUGCUGGGGCACCCAUGGCAAAUGCUGCCACUCAGACUAAGCCUCUGCACAUUGGCAAUGCCGCCAGGCAUGGGAUGGAAGCUGCUUUUCUGGCAAUGCUGGGUCUUCAAGGAAACAAGCAAGUCUUGGACAUGGAGGCAGGGUUUGGGGCCUUCUAUGCCAACUAUUCCCCAAAAGUCCUUCCAAACCUCGAUUCCCACACUUGGCUGCUGGACCAGCAGGAUGUGGCCUUCAAGCGUUUCCCUGCACAUUUGGCCACCCACUGGGUGGCAGAUGCAGCUGCAUCUGUGAGAAAGCACCUUGUAAGAGGCAGAGCCCUGCCUCCCUUUGACAGCAUUGAGAGAAUUGUGCUCAGAAUCCCAGAUGUCCCGUAUGUGAACAGGCCCUCGCCUGACUCAGAACACGAAGCCCGUCACUCAUUCCAGUAUGUGGCCUGUGCCAUGCUGCUUGACGGUGGCAUCACUGUCCCAUCAUUCCACAAACUCCAGAUCAACAGGCCACAGGUGAGAAAGCUGCUCCAUAAGGUGGAGCUGGAGCACCCUCAGGACAACCUGCCAAGCUUCAACACAAUGUACUGUGAGAUGAGUGUCACCCUCAGCGAUGGAGCCACCUUCACAGAGAGUUCUGAUACCUUCUAUGGUCACUGGAGGAAGCCACUGAGCCAGAAGGACCUACAGGAGAAGUUCCGAUCAAAUGCCUCCGGGACACUGUCCUGCGACACAGUUGAAAGACUAAUAGAAAUAGUAGCAAACCUGGAAGACCUAGAAGACUGUUCUGCAUUAACCACACUUCUGAAAGGACCCUCACCACCAGAGACCAUCUCAAAAUUUAUCUAGCACUUAACAAUUCCAUCAUACAAUCUUUUCUGAGGCUUACCAAUAUGUAAAUGACCUUAUAUUUUGGGCAAAUUUUAUUAUUUUCUUUUUAAAGCAAGGAUCUGCCCAGGAAUAAAUGAGGAAAGGUGGAGAGAUCCAGAAACAGAACCAGAUUAUUAUGGAAAGAGUCUUGUCUUGUAAUUUUGCAAUAUGAUUCCAAUUACCUAAAGCAAAAUCAUAAAUACACAAGAAACAUAGAGGAAUUGAUUUUAUAAGCAUUCAUAAGGCUGAAAUUCAGUUCAUCUGUGAGUUUCUUGUGAAAAUAAUCUUUUCAAAGGAGUUUUUAUGAAUGUCAUGAACCCCAAGGUAUGGGAAGAAUUUGAACCUAUCUGUGUAUUUGCUGACAGGGAAAGGGUUCUGUCUGCUGUGCCACCAGCAGAUUUCUUAGACCAUGGGUUAUUAAAAGCCCUCCACAGUGAAGGGGAUGCUACUGGAUUUAAAUAAAAAUGGUUUAGUGGGCUCCAAUGCUGCCCCUGCCACUUAACUAGAUGUGACCCUGACAUGUUACUGAGUGUCCCUCUGACUCAGUUUCUCUAUCUGUAAAGCAAAAAUAGAAAGCAGAGUGAAAAAUAAGUUUGGCUCUGGAAGCCAUGCUGUUAACCACCAUAUCAUUUUUCCUUAUGAAAAAAAAUAUUUUUGAGAAAAAGAUUAUGGAUGAAGAGUCUGAGAUGUAAUAAAGAGUAUCAGCAAAAAAAAAAAAAGUAUCUAUGUGGGUAAUUAAAUAUUGGCUGUAUAAAAUAAUAAAAAUGUCCUAUGGGGUUAAAAAUUGCAACACUAGCAAUAGAUAUAAGCAGGAAGUUAUUAUAGUCAGUGUGUUCUAAAUUCUUAUGUCACUCAAGAAAAGGGCUAUUAACCCUAGACUUUGAUUUGUCAAUAUGCAUGUUGGCCAGGGUGGCCAUUCCAGGGUAGCAGCAGGAUGCAUUACUUCCAGGUCAACAGAGGGAGAAAUAAGGAAUCAGGAAAAAAAUUCCAAAGGACGUCAAGAAAGGAGGGGGAACGGGUAUGUAGGAAAAGCACAAUAUAAAAGGACAGACACAUUUUUAAAUGUUUAACAUCUUUAUAACAUCUAAUUUACAUACUAUUAACUCAUCCACUUAAGUGUACAAUUCAAUGAGUUGUAGUAAAUUUAUAGAGUUGUGCAAACAUCACCACAGUCUAAGUUUUGAGUACUUCUGUGACUCCAAAAAUUCCCUCAUGCCUCCUUGCAAUCAAUCCCCAAUCCCCAUUCCCACCUCCAGCCCUCAGCAACCAAUGAUCUGCUUUCUAUCUCUGUAGUUGUGUCUUUUCCAGACAUUUCAUAUAAAUGGGAUUAUAUAAUAUACAGUCUGGUGCGUCUGGUGUCUUUCACUUAGCAUGUUGGUUUUAAGAUUUUUCCACAUAUGUAUCAGUACUUUAGUCCCUUUCAUUGCUGAGUAGCAUUCAUUGUGUGGCUAUACCACAUUCAGUAGUAAAUAGUUGCAUUGUUUACAGUUUGGGGCUAUUAUGAAUAAUGCAUAUUUGAACAUUCACAUACUCAUCCUGGUGUAGACAUAGCUGUCCAUUUCUCUUGGGUAGAUACCUAGGAGAGAUAUCUAAGAGAAUGCUGAGUCAUUUGGUAAGUUUAGGUUUAACUUUAUAAAGAACUGUUUUCCAAAUAGCUCUAAUAUGUUACAUUUCCACAGCAAUGUAUGAGGCUUCUGGCUUUUCCUUAUCCUCAACAACCCUUGGAAUUGUCAGUCUUCUUAUUUUAGCCACUGUGUAAUGGUAUCUCAUUGUGGUUUUAAUUUCUU